UGAUAAGAGUCCACACAAAUGUGUGCAAAACAUGAUGCAUGUACAGAAGACAAAGUCAAGAUGACAUAUACAAUCAAAGUCUCUUGUAGGAAUGUGCAAACAAAGUAUGGUUCACUGCAUCUUUGUGCUGGCUAUUGAGAGCUUCCAGGAAAUGUGUCAGCUGGUGUUUGUUGGUCACAAAUCUGCAAUUAAUCUUCUGUGGACAAAGACACGGUAAAAGUGACAAAAGUUUACUGUUGCUAUAAUGGAAUACUUGCAUAUUUCAUUAUAGUUUGUAGUUACUCUUUGAUAGGUCUUUUGGUAUAUAAGAUCAUAUAUAUUUAUCGAUGAUCAAAUGUACACGCACUAAAGUUAGUGCAACUACUCAAACAACCAAGUCACAUAAAUCAAAUUUGGCAGCAACAAGCAAUCCUCUCUUCUAGAAAUAAACAUAUUUAUAAUACAGGGCUUAAUCUGUGAAUCAGAUUCACUGGAACACUGCUGGACAGGUGUCAUGAGUUGGGGGAUCAUGUUAAACAGAUUCUUCCAAUUUCAUUAAAUUCUCUCUGAUCCUUUAAAAUCUAUCUUGGAUCUUUUACCCUCAAACAGUAAGAGAAAGAUUGCCCCAAAUGGGGCAUUCAAUUAAGCUCUGGAUAUAUAUGUACAUAUCUGAGCCGCACCAAAUGUCUGCUUAAAUAAAAAGGGUGGAUAACAGUGUGAUACUGACUGUAGAGUUGAAGAAAGUAGGGGGAUUGGUCCAUAUGUCAGAAUAUGCCAAGUCUCCAAGGCAACAGAAGUUGAAGGUAGGAUCGUGGUGGACGGAAUAAAAUGGAUGACAACAAUAUAAGUGGGGUAAAAAUCACUUUAUGACGUCAAGUGUGUUUCUUUCCUCUUUGACAGUAAUGAUUGAGUGUUAUGAGUAGUCGCACACAUGCAAAGCUAUAGAAAUGACUGCACUAACCUGAAAAUGCAGUGCACUAGACAUCCUGCUGGGCCUUUCUGCGUGUUUGGCCUAGCAGUCUUGCUUCUACACAGUAGGCUACAUGGCAUCCCUUUUAGUCAUGCAGAAGUGCUGCAGUUAUUUUAACAUCCAAAGGCUACAUUGUUUAUUUCUGCCCUGCUCUUAUAUCUGGCACCGACUGGAAUACACUGAUUGCAAGAAUAUACUGACAGAAUACUGAAUAUCAGCAAUAAAAUGUAUUUUGUAAUGUAAUCUGUUACAUGGUCCUGAAUACUUGGAAUACUUUACUUUUAACUUUUAUUAGUUUGAAGGUUAUGUUGCAUGGUCAUGAACCAUGGUGUAUUCCUUUCAUUUUAAGAAAGUAACUAUUCAGAUUUAACAAUUUACUGGAAUACAUUUACUCAAAACGUGUAUUCUGAAUGCAUCUGUUUCAUAGCCUACAUAUGUACUAACCACUACUGGCAAAUAAAAUAAAGCCUCUUAAUGAGGAAGCACCCUGUCUUUCCUUUGCAGAUUGCUGCUGUAAUUGAACUGGACAUGUUGUGUGAUCUUUCAGUUAUUUGCUAUAUCUCAUUAACAACUAUAAAAUAUGAGAUGGCAUGAUUGGAUUCAAAUAAAUAAUAACCUACAUUUAGUAAGUGAGUGAGAUAUAGCUUACAGCAGAGGGUGAGAGUUCAAUUGUGGUCUUGCAAUCUAUAUGGUAAAUAGGUUUCUUUUUUCUCAAGGUGAUUACAUCAGGCAGUGACCUUUGGCUGGACUUCAGCGCCCAAGAUAUGUGAUUACUUCUGAUUAUCUAACAGUUUGGUUUACAUGGCCCCACACUGAGGAUGUCCUGCUACAGCUUCAUCCAUGAAGGAUUAUCCUUACUGUUUCCUGGUUCACUGUCAUAUGUCAUCUUGUGGUGUAGAAUGUAGCAAUUGAGUUGAUUUAACUCUUCACAAAACAUCCAGAUUCCUGUGUACACUUGAACCCAUCUCUGCAGACAAACUGGAAAAACACCAUAAGACAAAUAAGACUUAGAAUGUUUAUGCAAAUGUGGUCGCCUAGUAGUUAUUUCACACUAGGUCCAUCAAAUAUUGUGAAAAUGUGAAAUUAAAUUAAUAUGGAACUACACUCUGGCUGUACACAAUUUUAAUAAUUAUGCUGUAUAGUUCAUUGUGCUCACUCUAAACAUAUGUCGCAUUACACAGUAAACAACUAGCAUUGACCCACAUUUUGUUUUCUUUAAGGGUGACAGUGAAUGACUGGACACCCACUUCUGCAAAAUGAGGUGAUCAGUCACCUGCAUUAAAAGUCGACAGUUUUGGCGGGAAAGGGAGACAGAAGGGACAGUCGCGGGCACAAACUGGAUGAAAAAAACUGCAUUAACUGUGCAAAAUGCACAGCCUUUUUGUUUGAAUUUGUUAUUUUAUUGCGCAAGAUUAACCUUUCUGGCACCUGGACUGCAUUUCACUUCAAUCAACAGCCAAAAACAGAAACACCUGAGUGACUCUGACAUCCCACAUCUCCCACUGUGUGGUGGGGCCAUGUGGGUUCUGGAUAAACUGCGUGGGUCUGUGGAGACCAAUGUGCUGCGUCAGGGAGAGAAUGGAGAUAAGAAAAAUGCUGUGGCUCCAACAUAUACCAACGUCCUCACCCCAGACAAAAUCCCUGACUUUUUCAUUCCUCCAAAGCUUGUCAGCUGUCCCCCAGAACCUGAGAUUCAUAAACCAAAAGAGGAGGUACAGCCUUCUACUUCAGAACAAACAAUUGGAAGUGGGAAGAAGAUCAGCAGCCCCCGCAGCCCUAGACUGGUUGCUAAGAUUGCAGGAGACACUAAAAACCUGCUGAGAGCUGCUAACCGCCACAUUAUACAAAUAGAAAGUGCUGAUGACAUUGUGGCUGGUGACACAAAUGCAGAUCCUCAGUCACAAACCGCCAUGUCAUUGCCUUAUGUGCCCAAGACCCAGACCUCUUAUGGCUUUGCCACAUUAAAGGAGAGUCCUCACACACGGCGUAAAGAGUCUUUGUUUCACUGCGAGGUUACAAGUCCCAUGACAUCCCCCAAUACUCAGAGGAGGACACAGGGCAAAGGCAGUGAAGGAGGGAAUCAUCUGAACCCAGCAGACUGCAACCCGUCCCACAUGAAUCCUUAUCGAUAUUUCAGUGGUGGGGAGAGUGACACGUGUUCUUCUGCAGAAUCCUCUCCCUUCAGCUCACCUCUACUUUCCCGAUCAGCCUCUCUGCUAAAGAUCUUCACCCACGAAACUCAAGCAAAGGUUGUGAAGGCCAAGCGGACAUUUGCCCGUCAUAGCUCACUGUCAACAGAUGAAUGCAGCUCAGCAGAACCUAGCCCUAAUGUCCAACGACGCCUCCAUGUCCCUUCUUUGCAUGGAAGUUCAGGGGCAUCUGAUCAUGGGCUUCAGCGAGAACACAUUAUUAAUCUGCAUAAAGGAGGCACGGUGAGGAUCAGUGCAAAUUAUGAUACAAGUACAUCCCGCUUAUUGAUCCGUGUCCUAGCUGCAGAGAAUCUGUAUGACAAGCACUUUGACAUCAAGAGCAUUAACUGCUGUGUGUCUGUUUAUCUUAACCCCGGGAAACUGCAGAAGCAAAGAAGCAACAUAAUCAAGAACAGCCGUAACCCUGUGUUUAAAGAGGACUUCUUCUUUGACUCGAUAAGCUCAGUUCAAGUGAAGACCUUAUCUGUUAAGUUCAAGGUAGUGAAUAAAGGAACAAGCCUCAAGAGAGACACACUGCUGGGAGAGCGAGAGGUGCCUUUAACAAAGCUCUUAUCAGGACUUUAAAUCUGAAACAGGCUGUUAAAGCACAAUGGCAAGAAUAUUUUUAAUGUUUGCACUGGUCUCAAAACUAAUGUUCUAGUAGAAGAAAGUGAACUGAUAAAACAGACAAUCUAUUCAAGAAAUUGGGCCCGCAUGUUUUUUUUUCUUUUUCCAAAAUUGGCUAAUUCUCUGUAAUUGUUUUCUUAAAAGAAGAAUAACAAGAAUAGGAUUUUUGGCACUGUCCUCUAUUUAUAACAAACCUCAUUAAAUCUUCUUGGCUCAGAGAGGAGUUCUGGACAUAUCUCCCAACCUGGUUACUGAACUGUUGAAUGGUUACUCAACUCCUCUGCUCUAACUUUUGUCCAUAUUUUUGCUUGCAGUGUGUUGGGUGGCAUGCUUUUUAUUGUUGUGUUUCAUAAAUACACAGGAUGUGAUUCUGUAAAAACGUACCGUAAUACUACAGACAAAGAUGCUUUUGUGAGCUUUCAAGUGGCUCUACAUCCUGAUGUGCAAAUGACCCUUUGAUAUUUGUUGCCAUGGUAUACACAGGUGAGAGCUGUGGACAAAUAAGGCAGUCACAAUAGUCACAUUUACAUUCACAUUCAAAUUCACAUUCAGUUUGUUGUGAAUGCAACCAGAGUUCUAAAAUUGUCAUAAUCUCACUAUCUGUAUAAUUGCCAUCUUAACGGUAAGGGGUCUGUAAUUUGGCAGUUGGGUUUUAUGUUAUGACUUCAAAAAAGCAGAGAACUCAACUCACACAGACUCAAUAAUGGCAAAUACGAGUACAAGUACUAUAGUGUCUGUUUUUUGUUUAGCACAUUAGGUAAAAAUAUAUAAGGAGGCAAUACAUGAGAAACUGUUGUAAUAAUAGUGAAAAUUAUUACUUAAAAUCUGUCUCUUUUUGUAUAAAGUAAAACAAACAACUCACAGUAAAUUUCUGUCAAAUGGAGAACCUUGUUUGUACAUUAGGUUUCAUUGCAUUAGUCCAUAUAUUUUGAAGCCUUAGUAAAGCAUGUAUUUGUUACACAUGCAGCUUUAUGGGGUUAUGUGGAGCGUCACAUUUUCUACAGUGUACCAAAUAAAUAUGCCAGUCAUAUAAAUGGAGGUAGUCAUCAUUUUAUGCAACCAUGUUAAUGGACGAAAAAGUUUGACAGUGGAUGCUCAUUUUGAGUUAAAGUGAGUUUUGGGGAAGGAUGUAGGACUCAUGCCACCCUGGAUAGUAUCCGUGCUCUGGAUCUCCCAGAUUUGGUGUACAUUUGCAUGAAAUGCCUGAAAAGUAUGAGACCCUAAAGCCUUACUCUGUGUACAUGUGAGAUGGUGUGUGUGAUGAAUAUUUUUUGCAUGAAACUAUUCAAUUUGUAUGUAAUUUUUUGCUACUGUUUUACAUUAAUGAUUUUGUGCCCACUUUGUAUGUAUUGUAGUACAUAUUUAUAUAUUCCAAUAUACUCAAAAGUUGCACCAACAAUGUAUCAAGAAAUCACCAAAAUAUUAAAAUGUUGUUUUUUUUUUAUAAUAAUAUAAUAGGCAGAAAUGACACAUGAUUGCAGUUUAUAGGAACACCUGUCUGACAGACAGACACCACAUAUGCAGACAACAGAUCUCAACUGCCGUUUAAAGUGGGAUAAGAUGAAAUAUCUAUUCUUCGAUGAUACUAGUUGAUGUUUUUGUGACUUAAUUGGUAAUACAGUGGCUUUGCAGAUACAUAUUUGUAUAUUUUUACAAUUUUAUGAAUGGCUGUUACUUCUGUUGUUGCCAAUGUUUUCAUUGCAGUUGGGUUGAUGCAUAUUGUAGAUUGUUUCUAUAUUUGUAUUGUGAGGUGGUGGACUAUCUUCAAUGGAGAGUAACUGCUGCUGACCGGGCAUUUCUGUGCCAGUUUAACUAAAACUAUACUAUAUAGUGUAUGUGCUUUGUUUUUUGUCUCUUGGACACAUUUCUAAGUAAACAACCUUAUCAAUAAACAUAUCUAAAUAAUCUGUAUGUACUGAUAUAGGCUUUAGCUUUGUGUAGCUGAAAGAAAACAACAAAUGUUGUGUGUUUCUUAAUGAGGUUGUAUGUUUUCAGCUGAGAGCAAUAGUUUUUAGUAUUCAUUAUUUUGACCUACUUUGCAUUCCCAAAAUAAUGGUUGUAAGGUUAACAGUAAUUUAAUCUGAAAUAAAAAUCUAUGAAACAUGUACAGUAUAUAUUAUGAGUGACAUACCCUUCUAGCAUGCAGGUUAAGUGGUCCUUGUAUUUCCUGUAUAAUAAUUACCAAAAGACAGCCACUGGCCUAAGCAAUCAUUGUAUUACCAUGUGUUUAUGAUGAACUGAUUCACUUUGGCCCACUGGCCAGCUGAUGGUUUAAUUUUAAGGAUUCUGUAAAUAAGAUUAAGUCUUCCUGUUUUAACAGGUUCCGCGUUGAAAAUCUGCCAGUCCAUUACUUGAUUCUAAAUUGUAUUAACUGUAUAAAAAUGUGCUCUUAAUUAUAUUCUUUUGUUGUGCUUGGGCCUGAUGUGUACUGAUACUUUUACACUGUGAUGCUCCAACCACUC